CGAAAACUUUUUGUUUGAGUGCUAAACGCUUUAUUAAACAAUUUAAUUGGUAGUAGCAAGUGCUGGAAUCAACAGAGCUUAUAUAAAUGCCGCCAUGGAUGCAAUUACGUUUGGCGUAUUGACAAUUAGUGACACCUGUUACCAGGAGCCGGCGAAGGAUCGCAGCGGUCCGCGUCUGGUGACGCUGAUACGCGACUCCUUUGACAAUGCCCAAGUGAUUGCCAGUGUGCUGCCCGAUGAGCGGGAUCUCAUACAGCGGGAACUGCGCAAGUGGAUCGAUCGAACGGAUGUGAGGAUCAUCAUAACCACCGGCGGCACCGGCUUUGCGCCGCGUGACGUCACGCCGGAAGCAACCAAGCCGCUGAUCGACAAGGACUGCACUCAACUGACCCUGGCCAUUGCCCUGGCCUCGCUCCAAAAGACCAAAUUCGCGGCAUUGUCUCGCGGCAUUUGUGGCAUUGCCGGCAACACGUUGCUCAUGAAUUUCCCAGGCAGCGAGAAGGCUGUCGGCGAAUGCUUCGAGGCGGUGCGGGAACUGUUGCCACAUGCCGUCCAUCUGAUUAGUGAGGAUGUUCAGCUCGUGCAGCGCACACAUGCCGAGGUGCAGGGCGCAAUCACAACAAGUACGACAACUACGACACAGCAACGACUCCAUCGGGAUCAUGUCUGUCCACACAAAACAGGCGCUGGCAACGAUGUGGACCGCAAUUCGCCAUUUCCCAUGCUACCAGUGGAUCAGGCGCUCAGCACCAUCAUGAGCGUGGUGCAGCGGAACAACAGCAUCUGUCAGCAACUGGAAUCACUGCUAUCGCCAGUGAAUAUACCCCCGUUUCGGGCAUCCAUUAAGGAUGGUUAUGCCAUGAAGUCCACUGGGUUUUCGGGCACCAAGCGUGUGCUUGACUGCAUAGCAGCCGGCGACAAGGUCAAUCCACAUCCGCUGCAGGAGGAUGAGUGCUUCAAGAUCAAUACGGGAGCACCGCUGCCCGAGCAUGCCGACUGUGUGGUCCAAGUGGAGGACACCAAGUUGCUGCAGCGCGACAAAUAUGGCGAGGAAAGCCUGGUUGACAUUUUGGUCGAACCCAAGGCUGGUCAAGAUGUGCGAUCCAUUGGAUAUGAUCUGCAGAAGGGCGACAAAGUGUUUCCCGCCUUCGAUGCCUCACCGGUUGUCACCAAAUCCUUGCUGGCCUCCGUUGGCUGCCAAAUGCCACUGCGCAAGCCCAAAGUGGCCAUAAUCUCAACUGGCAGCGAGCUGCUGGCUCCCAAUCAGCCAACAGCAGCUGGUAAAAUCUAUGACUCGAAUACAACCAUGCUGGAGGAGCUGUUGCUCUACUUUGGCUUCGAUUGCAUGCAACAGCAUGUCCUGGGUGACGAUUUGGACAGCAUUGAACACACGUUGUCUGCUCUCUUUGAGGCUGUCGACUUUGUGAUCUGCAGCGGUGGCGUCUCAAUGGGCGACAAGGAUUACAUUAAGCCUGUCCUGCAAUCCCUCAAUUUUCAGUUACAUUUCGGACGCGUCAAUAUGAAACCAGGCAAACCAAUGACCUUUGCCAGCAGGGAGAACAAGUAUUUCUUUGGACUGCCCGGUAAUCCCGUGUCGGCUUUUGUCACCUUCCAUCUGUUUGCGUUGCCCGCCAUUCGUUGGGCAGCGGGAUGGGAGCGAGCCAAGUGCUCCUUGCCCGUGGUCAAUGUGACGCUGCUCAAUGAUACCAUCGAUUUGGAUGCACGUCCCGAAUAUGUGCGCGCUUCCGUGACCAGCAUUAAAGGCCAGCUCUAUGCCAGCGUCAAUGGAGACCAGAUCAGCAGUCGACUGCAGAGUAUUGUGGGUGCCGAUGUGCUCAUCCAUUUGCCGGGACGCUCGGCAGAGAAGCACUUUGUGCGAACAGGUGACAUCUUGAGUGCCUCCGUGUUGCGCUUCGAUUUUAUUUCAAAGUACGAAUAGUUGAAGAAGCACAGCGAGUCUCAACCUAAAUGCAUCACAAAAAUUAUCACAAGAAUAAAAUGGCAAAGAAAACAGUCUUUAUAUUUUGUAUAUAUACAUAUACAUACAGUUAUAUAUAUAUAUAUAUUUUUGAUAUGUUUGUAUAUUAUUUAUUGUGUAUAAAUCGUAACAUUAUGUAUACGCAAUGGUUGCCGCCAAAUCCCGAACCAGGCAGCGUCUACAACAGGUCUACAAAUAAAAUGCAGCAUAAUG